AUUUUCUUGUCUCCGUCCAGUGGCUACUGGAGUAACUCUUGACUCAGAAUGGACUGGAACGGUUCCCCCACUGUAGACAAGGUGAAACUUGUAAGGACCUGUAAUACGGAGUACAGGGCGUAAUCAAUCCACAAUAGCGUCAAUCGGGGCCAUUAGAAUAGGACUUCGCUCCAUCCUCCCUCUUCCUCUGGCGGGCGGACAAGGGACAAGAGAAGAGAAGAGGUCCUCAGCGUCACAGUCGGUCCUUUCCCUCCCACAGUGAUUUCCCGUCAUGUCAUCUCCCCCCUCUUGUUUGUCGGCGGGCACGACGUCGCCGCAGUUCUGCUCAGAUCCUCCUACGCCGGCGACCGAAUUCGAGGACAAUAUCGAGGUCCCGGGCGAACACGACGAGGAAUAUGUGCUGGUCACCGGUGGUCUGGGGUUCAUUGGGAGCCAUACUUCCCUGGAAUUGCUCAAGGCCGGGCACAACAUCGUGAUUGUGGACAAUCUGAGUAACAGCUUUCGUGAUGUGUUUGACCGGAUCCUCUUGGCGGCCAAGGCCCACUGCGACAGGGAGCGCAGGAACUGCCCGAAAGCGCGCCUCUGUUGCGCAGACUAUCGAGACACAUCCGCCAUGCGGCUGCUUCUGGCAUCGUACGCUGUUGGGACCUGCAGAACCGAACCGAAACGAACCGGCAUCAAAGGCGUUAUCCACUUCGCGGCCUUCAAAGAGGUCGCGGACAGCAUCCAACACCCCUUGAAGUACUACAAGAACAAUGUCAAGGGCCUAAUCGACUGGAUCAGUCUGUUGGAGGAAUACGAUAUCAAGUCCUUCAUCUUCUCCUCCUCCGCCAGCGUGUACGGCACCUUGUCUGAAAACACCCCGCGGAUUCGAGAAGAGGACUGUGUGCACGAGAAACACGAAUACUCGAGCCCCGACGGCGUCCGGUUGCACGCGGAGCAAGGCUGCACCGGCAUCACCAAUCCUUACGGCCGGAGCAAGUUCUUUGGCGAGGCUAUUCUGGCGGAUGUCUGCAAAUCGGAUCCCUCCUGGACGGUAGUGGCCCUGCGAUACUUCAACCCCAUCGGCUGCGACCCCUCUGGCUUACUGGGCGAGGAUCCACGCGAAAGCCCAUCGAAUCUGCUCCCAGCGGUCGUCAGGGUUCUCACGGGCCAGAACCCAGAACUGCGCAUCUUUGGUACAGACUGGGACACGCCCGAUGGUAGCGCAGUGCGAGACUUUAUUCACGUCACCGAUCUUGCCAAGGGACAUAUCGCUGCCUUGGCUGCCGCGCAGGUCGGUCGGAUCCAAGGGAAUUUCCGUACCUUCAACCUCGGCACAGGAUCGGGACACUCUGUAAUUGAAGUGGUUGAGGCUCUCGAGCGAGUGAGCCAUCGAUCUAUCCCGGUCAAACGCGUUGGCCGCCGGCCCGGGGAUGUAGGCUCGUGUGUCGCGAUACCUGACCGGGCAGGUCAAGAGCUUGGAUGGAGGACGGAAAAGUCUUUGCGCGAUGCUUGCGAGGAUCUGUGGAAUUAUCUCCGAAUAGACCAGGCUUAAUGUUUUAUGUUAAUAAUGUCUUUAGUAAUUGAUAGAAUGUUAGUUAAUACAGUUUAUACUCUUCAC